AUGGAGGUUGUUUCUACUGCUGGUUUGUUGAAGACUGUCAAGGAUCUUGGCAGAUGUUUUGACAAGCUUGUUAGGGAGUUCAUUGUGAACAUCCCUGCAGAUUGUGAUGAUGCUUCCAGUACUGAGUACAGGAAGGUGUUUGUGAGGGGGAAGUGCAUCAACUUCUCUCCUGAAGUAAUCAAUGAAUUUUUGGGUAGAAGCCCUGUUGUGGUGGCUCAGGGGGAGCCUGAUUUGAAUAGGGUUGCUACAACCCUUACUGGGAAGUUGGUCAGGAAGUGGCCUAAGAAGGGAUUGCUUCCAUCUGGGAGGCUUACUGCCAAAUAUGUUGUUCUCUACAAGAUUGGUACCGCAAAUUGGAUGGCCACCAAUCACUUGUCUGGUGUGACUCCACCUCUGGCCAGAAUGCUCUAUUUGGUUGGAACUGGAGAGAUCAUUGCACAUCAACAACCUACUAUUGUAAGGGCUGAUGAGUCUCACGACAUUGUGCUCUCUGCAACAAAGGGAACUGCUAAUGCCAGUGGCACUAAGGCAGUUGGUUCUAGCAAGGAAGACAUCUUGGCUGAGUUGAAGGCGGUCUCCAAGUCUCUUGGUGACACUAUUCAGGCUUGCAAGGUCAGAAAACUCAAUGUUGAUCAACUCAUCAAGGCUAUGUCAGAUGUUGCAACUGCUGCUGCUGAGAAAGAAAGUGAAGAAGAGGGAGCUGAAGUUGUUGCUGGUGAAGAAGCAGAUGCUGAGACUGAGGAGGAUCUGACUUCUGUGGAUAGCUCUGCUUUCUGCUAUUGUGGUCUGACAUCUGGUAGAACAUCUGUCUGCGAGUGCCAGAAUUUCAGUUUUGUUCUCAGCCCAUUUGCAAAGCCCUUUAACAGAGAAAUGUCCAGAAUUGUCGAGACACCAAAGCAAGGAAUCAGAGCGAUUGAGGGCAGGAAAGAUGGCAUUGAUACAAUGUAG